AUGACAGAACCUCAUCCCACGCUGCCAGGUGAAAUUGUAACUCGCACCGUGUGCACCAACUAUUAUGGAUACUGCUGGCUUUCAUACACUAUCCAAGUCAAACUCUGCCAUGGAGACUACUAUGUCUACAAACUUACGAAUACAUACUACUGCUACACUGCAUACUGCGCAGAAACUUUUAGACCUGUCAGCAAGACCUGCACUGUGACCGGCCCCACUGUCAUCGACAUUCACGGCCAAGUUAACUCCAUCCAGGAUCGGUGUGCGUACUCUCUGGUCUCGACUCCAUUGGUCCCAGACUUCCAUGUUCUGGCGAACUUCCAGGAGCGGCGUCGUAAAGAUGUGAGCUUUUUGGACAGUGUGACGCUGCGUCUGGACGGGCCGGGUGUUUACAUUCACCUGGAACAAGGUGGGAGAGUUCGGCUGAACGACUCAACGCUGACCCUCAACAGCUCGGCUCAGUUGAUUUACGGUGUGGAGCUCUCUAAGGACCAAACUGGAGUCACCGCUAAGCUGUCGCUCCCCAACCUCACCGCCUCUGUCUUCUUUGAUGGCUACACGGCACAGAUCCACUUUACAGGACCUGCUGCUCCAUCUCUGGAGGGUCUGUGUGGAAACUCCAGCAGGUCUGUGAGUGAACUGAGGCUCUCUGAGUACAGCUCCACCAGCUGUGAGAUCCAGUACCACGACACAGCUGACAGCACGAUCAACUGCAACAAUGUGACUGAACGCUGUAAUCUCCUGAGGCAGGCGCCCUUCACCUCCUGUAACAAUGUCAUCGACCCAGAGCCCUACAUAACCGCCUGCAACAACACUUUGUGCAAAUAUCCUGCAGUGGACGGUCUCAACUGUCAGUUCCUGGAGGCCUACGCCAGAGCCUGCAGUCUACAGAACAUCCAACCUCAGGAGGGCUGGAGGUCAAAUGCUGGCUGCUCUCCUGAGGCCUUCUGUCAGGACAGGACCUGCAGCGAUCACGAGUUCUGUGGUGAGAAGACGGUCGGUGGAGACACUCGCUGCUUCUGUCGGCCCAUUUUUGCCUCCAAGUACAGAUCGACGGACUCUUUGGGUGAUCCAACAGUCUGCAGGGAGAACUCUGCUUCACUCACUCUGGUCGGUUGUCUCCUGGAGGACAAAGGCAUCAACUACUCUGCCUUACACCUCAAUGACCACACCUGCAGGGGUCAGAUGGAGGAGCUCACCCACAUGGUGACCUUCAGCUUCAACAGCAGCAACAGCUGUGGGACGGUGAUCACGACCAACAACAACCAAGUCAUCUACAGAAACACCAUCAUGACCCUGAACCGCUCCUCUGAUGUCAUCACUCGCCAUGACCAAGUCUACAUUGACUUCUCCUGCGUCCAGGCUCAGCCGGACAUCAAGACUGCCACCUUCAAGAUCAGCGACAGCUCUGUGAUCCAGCACAUCACAUCUGGAAGAUGGAACUAUACUCUAACCAUGAAGGCCUUCACCGAUGCUGGCCGCACACAAGCUGUGGAGUCCAGCACUGAAGUGCAGCUGAACCAGAAGAUCUGGGUGGAGCUGAAGACUGACGGGCUGGAUAAAGACAAAGUUGUGGUGAGCGACUCCUGCUGGGCGACUGACCAGCCAUCACCCACCAGCAGUCCAACAUACAACCUGAUCAUAAACGGCUGUGCAAACCCUGCUGACCCGACUGUGGAGGUGGAGAAAAAUGGAGUGGGAACCUCCACCUACUUCUCCUUCAACAUGUUUGAGUUCACUGGGAGCUCUGGUAAUGUCUACCUGCACUGCAAACUCCGCCUGUGUCCCAACCAGGAGAACAACUGCAUCCCGACUUGUAAUGGAGCUGCUCGCAUACGCAGAUCUGCCAGAGCCACAUAUGAAGGUGAAGCCUUGAUCAGCAUGGCCUGGACUCAUUAGAUGCUUUCCAUGGUGACCCGGACUGACUGACAGGCUGCCGACCUCCACGAUGAUCCCUGACUUCUGACUGGUCCUGAUCCAAAUCCUGGAUGUGUGAAAGGUUGAGCUCAGUUCUGGCUGCUGUGAGGCCGUGUGGACUCCCACAGCUGGAAUAAGCAGCUGUUUUAGUGGAAGUAUUGUGAGGACAGGACCAAACUGUCGUCUCUGACACAUGAUGAAGCUCAGCUGAUGGUUUCUCUGUUUUAUUAGGAACUUGGUGAAGGGAAGAGUGUUAGUUUUUCAUGUAUUACUGAAUGAAUAUAUCUGUGGGAUAUCAAGACUACACAAACAUCUAAAGCAAAGCUGGGUGCACUUCAGGACCUCCCAGGAGACCUGGACACCUGAAGGCUGUCAAAUGUUGGAUGAGAAUUAAGAGUAACGACUUACUCGACCUCCUCCACAAGCAGUAAAGCCUUCGACCAAAGAAGCAUUUUUACUUCUCUGGUUGUUUUAGUUGAAGAUUUUUUAGGCAUGAAGAUUUGAAAUUAUGCAGCAUUUGAUGGAAAAUGAAAGGAUUGAAGGAGAGUUUGAGAAAACGUGUAGUUUGGAGGCAUAAAGUGAUUUAUAUAUAAUUGAAAAUAAGUCCUUUACCAGGGUGAAUCAUUAAAAGGGGAGUGGUAUAUUUUACUCUUGGUUUUCUAUCUAC